GGGACCGCGGCGGUGGCAUUAGGGGGGCCCCAGGUAUCGGUGGUUCCAGGAUUACCGGGGACGCUGGAGGCACCGUGAAUGCUAGAGACACCUGGAAGCCUGGAGGCACUUGGGGCGUUGGAAGCACCAGGGACGCUGGAGGCACCCGGGAGAGUGGAGGCACCGGGGUUACUGGAGGAACUGGAGGCACUGGAAGCACCCAUGUCCUCAGGGGCACCAGGAGUGCUGGGAAUACUGGACACACUGGGGACACCAGCAUCUCCAUGGAGGACUCUGGGAGCACUGGGAACAUGCUGAGCACUGGGGGUGUUUGGGGCACUGGGAGCGCUCCAGUCCCCAGGGGCAUCAGGAAUUCUGUACUCACUGGGGAGACUGGGAGGUUCUCCAGAGGUGCUGGCAAGACUAGGAAAGUCCCCAGAGAUACUGGGAACACCAGAGAUACUGAACAUAAUGGGGAGAUUGGGAAGGUCCCUAGCAACGUCAGGAACACUGUGGACACUGGAUAUGCUGGGAACACCAAUAUCCCCAGGGAGACCAAUGGCACUGGGGACGCGAUAGACCCUAGGGAUGUUGUGGAGUUCCAGACCGCAGCAGUCCCCAGGCCUCCCAUACCUCACCACCGUCCCUGCCGCAGCCCCAACACAGCACCGCAGUUCCAGCCCUCCAGCUACCAGGCCACAGUGGAGGAGAACCGGCCAGCAGGCACUCCAGUGACACAGGUGACAGCACAGGACCCUGAUGAGGGGGAGGCAGGCCGGCUGCAGUACUCUAUGGCUGCACUCUUCGACAGCCGCUCCGAUGACCUCUUCGCUGUAGACCCUGUCACUGGUGUCAUCAGCACCGCUGCACCGCUGGACCGCGAGAGCAAGAGCACUCAUGUGUUCCGUGUGACAGCAGUGGACCACGGGGUACCCCGGCGCAGUGCCAUGGCCACACUGACAGUGACAGUGAGCGACACCAACGACCAUGACCCCGCCUUCGAGCAACCAGAAUACCGGGAGAGUGUGCGAGAGAAUCUGGAGGUGGGCUAUGAGGUACUGACAGUGCGGGCCACCGAUGGCGACGCUGGUCCCAAUGCCAACGUCCUCUACCGCCUCCUCAAUGCCAGUGAUGCCAAUGAGGUCUUUGAGAUCGAUUCCCGUUCAGGCGUCAUCCGCACCCGUGGCCUUGUGGACCGGGAAGUAGUGGAUGCCUUUGAGCUGUUGGUGGAGGCCACAGACCAGGGCCAGGAUCCAGGUCCCCGGAGUGCCACAGCCACUGUCCGCAUCGCUGUGGAGGACGACAAUGACAAUGCGCCACAGUUCAGUGAGCGACGUUAUGUGGCACAGGUCCCUGAGGAUGUGGUGCCCAAUGUGGCGAUUUUGCAGGUGAUGGCCACUGACCGUGACAAAGGCAGCAAUGCACUAGUGCACUACAGCAUUGUCAGCGGCAACACCCGUGGGCACUUCUACAUCGAUGCGCAGACAGGCACGCUGGAUGUCGUUACCCCUCUGGACUACGAGGUCACCAAGGAGUUCACCCUGAGGAUCCGGGCGCAGGACGGUGGCCGCCCACCUCUCUCCAACAUCAGCGGUUUAGUUACCAUCCAGGUGUUGGAUGUCAAUGACAAUGCACCCAUCUUUGUCAGCACGCCCUUCCAGGCCACCGUGCUGGAGAAUGUCCCCAUUGGCUACUCCGUCAUCCAUGUACAAGCCAUUGAUGCCGAUUCAGGUGACAACAGCCGGUUAGUUUACACCCUGCUGGAGACUGGCACCAGCUUCCCCUUUACCAUCAACAACAGCACCGGGUGGAUUGUGGUGGCCUCUGAGCUGGACCGGGAGGUAGUCGACUUCUACAGUUUCGGGGUGGAGGCGCAGGACCAUGGCACCCCCCCAAUGGCCUCCACAGCCAGCGUCAGUGUCACCAUCCUGGAUGUCAAUGACAACAGCCCUGAGUUCACGCAGCGGGAGUACAGCGCCCGCCUGAAUGAGGAUGCUGCAGUGGGCACCAGUGUCCUGACUGUCUCUGCUGUUGACCGUGACGCUUACAGUGUCAUCACAUACCAGAUCUCCAGCGGCAACACCCGCAACCGGUUCUCCAUCACUAGUCAGAGCGGUGGUGGGCUCAUCUCCCUUGCCCUGCCCCUGGACUACAAGCUGGAGCGGCAGUACCUGCUCACCAUUGCUGCCUCUGAUGGCACCCGCCAGGACACUGCCCAGGUGGUUGUCAACGUCACUGAUGCCAACACCCACCGCCCCGUCUUCCAGAGCUCCCACUACACCAUCAACAUCAAUGAGGAUCGGCCAGUGGGCACAACAGUGGUGGUCAUCAGUGCCACAGACGAGGACACGGGGGAGAAUGCCCGCAUCACCUACCUGAUGGAGGACAGCAUUCCCCAGUUCAGUAUUGCUGCUGAUACUGGUGCUGUCACCACCCAGAUGGAGCUGGACUAUGAGGACCAGGUGUCCUACACCUUGGCCAUCACAGCGCGGGACAAUGGUAUUCCGCAGAAAUCUGACACAACUUACCUGGAGAUCCUGGUGAGUGAUGUCAAUGACAACGCACCCCAGUUCCUCCGUCAUUCCUACCAGGGAUCCAUCUACGAGGAUGUCCCCACUUUCACCAGCGUCCUCCAGGUCUCUGCAACUGACCGUGACUCUGGGCUCAAUGGCAGGGUCUUCUACACCUUCCAAGGGGGUGAUGAUGGUGAUGGUGACUUCAUCAUUGAGUCCACCUCAGGCAUUGUCCGCACCUUGCGCCGUCUGGACCGGGAGAAUGUGCCACUGUAUUUGCUGCAGGCAUUUGCCGUGGAUAAGGGGGUCCCAGCCCGGCGGACGCCAGUAGAGAUCCAGGUGACAGUGUUGGAUGUCAAUGACAACCCGCCCGUGUUCGAGCAGGAUGAGUUUGACAUCUUUGUGGAGGAGAACAGCCCCAUUGGGCUGGUGGUAGCCCGGAUCACCGCCACUGACCCCGACGAGGGCACCAAUGCCCAGAUCAUGUACCAGAUCGUGGAGGGCAACAUCCCCGAGGUCUUCCAACUGGAUAUAUUCUCUGGAGAGCUCACCGCCCUGGCUGAUCUGGACUAUGAAACCAAGGCUGAAUACAUCAUGGUGGUCCAGGCAACCUCGGCGCCACUAGUGAGUCGGGCCACCAUCCAUGUGCGCUUGCGUGACACCAACGACAACAGCCCCCAGCUCAAGAACUUUGAGAUCCUCUUCAACAACUACAUCACCAACCGCUCUGGCAGUUUCCCUGGGGGCGUCAUUGGCCGCAUCCCUGCCUAUGACCCUGACGUCUCUGACCACCUCACUUAUGCUUUCGAGCAGGGCAAUGACCUCAGCCUCGUGCUGCUGGACCCACACAGUGGGGACCUGCGCCUCAGCCCGGCCCUGGACAACAACCGCCCACUUGAGGCCGUCAUGAGGGUGUCUGUCUCUGAUGGCGUUUACAGUGCAACAGCGCAGUGCACGCUGCGGGUGACGGUGAUCACAGAUGAGAUGCUCAGCAACAGCAUCACCCUGCGUUUGGCCGACAUGUCCCAGGAGCGUUUCUUGUCCCCCCUACUCAGCCGCUUCCUGGAGGGAGUGGCCGCUGUCCUGGGCACCCCCCGCCACCGCGUCGUCCUCUUCAACAUCCAGGCGGACACAGACGUGGGGCCGGCGCGGAUCCUCAAUGUCAGCCUCUCGGCGCUGCUGCCGGCGGCGGUGCCGGGCGCAUCGCGGUUCUUCUCGUCGGAGGAGCUGCAGGAGCGGCUGUACCUGAACCGAUCGCUCCUGGCAGCUACCACGGCCCAGCGAGUCCUGCCCUUUGAUGACAACGUGUGUCUGCGCGAGCCCUGCGAGAACUACAUGCGCUGCGUGUCUGUCCUGCAGUUCGACAGCUCCGCGCCCUUCCUCGCCUCCGACACCAUCCUUUUUCGCCCCAUCCACCCCGUCACGGGCCUGCGCUGCCGCUGCCCGCCUGGCUUCACCGGCGACUACUGCGAGACCGAGAUCGACCUCUGCUACUCCAGCCCCUGCGGCAACAACGGGCGGUGCCGGAGCCGUGAGAGUGGAUACACUUGCGAGUGCCACGAAGACUUCACUGGGGAGCACUGUGAGCUGAGUGCCCGAGGGGGCCGCUGCACCCCAGGGGUCUGCCGGAAUGGGGGCACCUGCCUGAACCUGCUGGUGGGGGGAUUCCGGUGUCAGUGCCCCCCCGGGCACUAUGAGAAGCCCUUCUGCACCAUGAGCACCCGCAGCUUCCCCCCGCACUCCUUCCUCACCUUUCGUGGUCUCCGCCAGCGCUUCCACUUCACCCUGGGCCUCACGUUUGCCACACAGGAGCGGGAUGGGCUCUUGCUGUAUAAUGGGCGCUUCAACGAGCGGCAUGACUUCGUGGCACUGGAGAUUGUGGACGAGCAGCUGCAGCUCACCUUCUCAGCAGGUGAGACCACCACCACGGUGUCACCCUUCGUGCCAGGAGGAGUCAGCGAUGGGCAGUGGCACCGGGUGCAGCUGCACUACUACAACAAGCCGGUUGUGGGGCGCUCGGGGGUCCCACAGGGCCCCUCAGAGCAGAAGGUGGCUGUUGUGACUGUGGACGACUGCGACACAGCCAUGGCCCUGCGCUUCGGGCCCCGCCUCGGCAACUACUCCUGUGCUGCCCAGGGCACCCAGACUGGCAGCAAGAAGUCGCUGGACCUGACGGGGCCACUGCUGCUGGGGGGGGUCCCAACACUGCCCGAGAGUUUCCCAAUCCGCAGCCGGCACUUUGUGGGGUGCAUGCGGCACCUCCACAUUGACCAGCGCCCCGUGGACAUGGCAGCCUUCAUUGCCAACAACGGCACCCUGCCCGGUUGUCCUCCCAAGAAGACCCUGUGUGACACCAACACAUGCCACAACGGUGGCACCUGCGUGCAUGAAUGGGGGGGGUUCAGCUGCCGCUGCCCACUGGGCUUUGGGGGAAAAACCUGCCAGGAGGCUGAGCGAGGGACAGGUGGAGGCUGGUGCCUGGCAAGGAGGGGCCCGUUUGGCCAGCCUGCGUCUGCCCCAGGCCAGAGUCAAUGACGGUGCCUGGCACCACGUGGAGCUGGAGCUGCGGGGGGGCCCUGGCCACAACCCCUCUGCCACCCUCCUCCUUCUCACCCUUGACUAUGGCCGCCACCAGGCGGUGGGCGAUGUCCCUGGAGAGCUGCAGGGAUUGCGGCUGCGCACGCUGAGCCUCGGGGGGCUGCCAGGGGACAGCGGCACCGUGGAGGAGGGGUUCCAGGGGUGUCUGCAGGGCCUGCGUGUUGGGGACCCUGUGGUGACUGCGGAUGCCCUGAGCCUGGCGCAGGCGGCGCAGGUGAAUGUGGAGGGGGGCUGUGCCCUGCCUGAUCCCUGCGACUCGGGGCCCUGCCCCCCCCACAGCUACUGCAGUGACGAUUGGGACAGUUUCUCAUGCCGCUGCCACCCCGGGUACUUUGGUGACAGCUGUGUCAGUGCCUGUGCCCUGGACCCCUGCGAGCCUCCGGGCACCUGUACUCGCCAUCCAGGCACGGCCCCCGGCUAUGCCUGUCACUGUCCCCCGGGCACCUUUGGGGCCUUCUGCCAGCACCGGGAGGCCCAGCCAUGCCCACGGGGGUGGUGGGGACACCCCACGUGCGGCCCCUGCAGCUGUGACAUCACCCAUGGCUUUGACCCAGACUGCAACAAGACCACGGGCGAGUGUCGCUGCAAGGACAACCACUACCGCCCACCAGGAGGGGACACAUGCCACCCCUGUGAGUGUUACCCCACUGGGUCACUGUCGCGCCGCUGCGAUGCCAACACUGGACAGUGCCCCUGCAAAGCUGGUGUCAUCGGCCGUCACUGUGACCGCUGUGACAAUCCCUUUGCUGAGGUGACAGCCAGUGGCUGCGAAGUGAACUAUGACAGCUGUCCCCGGGCCAUCGAGGCCAGCAUCUGGUGGCCCCGCACUCGGUUUGGGCUGCCAGCUGCAGCCCCGUGCCCCAAGGGCUCUGUCGGCACAGCACUGCGCCACUGUGACGAGCACAAGGGCUGGCUGCCCCCCAACCUCUUCAACUGCAGCGCGCUGGCUUUUGCUGCCCUUCGCCCCUGGGCGGAGCAGCUGGUGGGCAACGAGUCCCGGUGGGAUGCAGGGCAGUCCCGGCGUGUGGCGCUGGCACUGCGCGAAGCGACGCGCGAGGCCCGCGGGUACUUCGGCAGUGACGUGCACCUGGCAUACCGCCUGGCAGGGGCCCUGCUGCGCCACGAGAGCCGCCAGCGCGGCUUCCGCCUUGCUGCCACCCAGGACGUGCACUUCACUGAGAACCUGCUGCGGGUGGGCAGUGCGCUGCUGGACAUGGGGAACAAGCGUCACUGGGAGCUGAUCCAGCAGACGGAGGGUGGCACAGCCCAGCUACUGCAGCAUUUUGAGGAGUAUGCACGAGCCCUGGCACGGAAUAUGCCCCAGACUUACCUCAGCCCCUUCACCAUUGUCACCCCUAACAUCGGGCGGGCAGUGUAGGCGGCUGGUCCGCACGAGGCUGCGAAGUCGCUUUCCGCAACCAGAGCCACGUCAGCUGCCAGUGCCACCAUCUGACCAGCUUUGCCGUCCUCAUG